CGGCGUGCAUGCGACCGUGCAAGCUCGGUGCCCCCACGGACACCGGGACAGGUAGUUCAUACCUUGUCCCCCAGUGGAGACCCAAGCGAAGCGGGGUCGGGGACUUUGGGGUCUGCGUACAGGAGCCCCUCGGCAGUCUCCUUGCAUCUGUCGAUGGGAGCUGACCCUCUCACCUCCGCCUGUCAGCCCACGCUAAAAGAGGGGAGGGACCUGGGCGGAGCCCCGGCUGGGGACCAGAGGGAGCCUGGUGGAGGCGCCCUCCCGAGGCCCCACUGCCCAUGCUGGCGACCCAGCCCUCCAGCUGCCGAUGUCAUGAGUAACACUACAGUGCCCAAUGCCCCCCAGGCCAACAGCGACUCCAUGGUGGGCUACGUGUUGGGGCCUUUCUUCCUCAUCACCCUGGUCGGGGUGGUGGUGGUUGUGGUAAUGUAUGUCCAGAAGAAAAAGCGAGUGGACCGGCUUCGCCAUCACCUGCUCCCCAUGUACAGCUACGACCCCGCAGAGGAGCUGCAUGAGGCUGAGCAGGAGCUGCUCUCGGAUGUGGGGGACCCCAAGGUGGUACACGGCUGGCAGAGUGGCUACCAGCACAAGCGGAUGCCCCUGCUGGACGUCAAGACCUGACCUCACCCCCACCCCCCUGCUCUCCAGAACCAUGGCACUUGGGAGUGCUGGGGGCCUGUGGCGUCCUUCCCCACUUGCACUCACCCAGCUCCCCCUGCUGGGAACUGGGUCUCCUCU